CAGUCUCCACCGUAUAUCGUGCGUAAAUCGUAAAAGAAAAUAAAUUUACCUGCACUGCUAAUCACGAGUUAAAUUGUGUGUAUUUUCACUUCGCGAAAAAGGUGAAAAUGGUGUAUUUUUUCGUAAUUGAUUACUUGGAAUCCGUGGAAUCUUGUAAGAUACAGAAAAAUGGUACACGGAUACGAAACAUUCACAUAGAUGCCGGCAAUCCAAAUGGCAAACAUUCCCUUGUCGUCACAUAUCCGGUGGAGCUAAUCGAUUUUCUGCUCAAUUUACGCUACUAUCCACGGUUUAGGCUUCAAGUUGCGAAUGCAAUUUCAAAUUACGGAACGGGCAAUUUCCCAGUUUUCAUAAAACUCAUCCCGCCUGCCAAAGACUUUCUAGAUUACCACUGGGGUGAACGUGCCAUACGUAUGUUGUGGGAGCUCCGUGAGCUUACUGAGCUGAUGGCCUGGCUGUCGACACUUGGAGGAGCCUUUUCAGCGCUUGGCGACUACCAGCAUGCAUGCGCCGACACCGCCGGCAAAAUAUCCAUCCAUCAGAUGAAGCUUGCCUUCCGGCUGGGGGACCCUUCGCUCGUGGCACGCUGCCAGCUGUAUCUUGCCAUUUCGCUAACGCAAAAAACCGAGUUUGCUGCCGCCAAGCGAAUCAUCCAGAGGGUAUACCGUAGUGAAACGAAGCAAACCGAUCCAGACACUCGCCUCCUAAAGAUGUGUCAGGGAAUCUGGGCGAAGCUUCGGUACGAGUAUGAACUUCAUCAAAGACAGCAAGCGCGCAAGAAGACUUAAAGUGAACACCGGUGCGGUGCCUUCUUUGGACUAUGGUCCCCAUCAAAAACUGUUGAACAGUGCACGUGAUCAAAUAAAAUGCUAGUGUUUUGAG